AUGAAUAUUAUAGUACUGGUGACGGUGGCCAUCUGCCUUAGUGGCAGUAGUCUGGAUGGUGCUCCUACACCUUGUGAUCUGCAGAACGCGGAAGACACUGUGUGUGAACAAACUGAAUAUGAAGCAUAUCGGGAUUGCAUCGAAGCGGCAAAAGUGCAUCGGGAGAAAAGGCAAGCAUACCCUUGUCUACCGCGGAUAAUCAAACCUAUAAUACAGACGGCACAACCGUUCGAAGUACUAGUGCCUGUUAAACCAGUCAGAAUAUUGCCAGUUGAACCAACCCGGAAACCCAUGCUCAAGGACAUGGAUCGCACAGUCAUCAUUGCUCCCGAUUCGAAUCAGAUCGACGACGAAACGGAAGACUACGAAAACGUCGUACACUAUCGUGUGCCGGUCAAUGUCACGACAGUAAUUCGCCUCACCAACGUCGUGAACAACACCAAUCACAUACAUGUGCCAACCACGCUUAACAACACCAACGUGAACAAUAUACAUUUGUACACAAAUCUUACCGAUGGCAUACCGGACGAUGGUAUCGAACCGAACCGAACUGACUCCAGCAACGAUCCCUGCUGUACGGCUGUGCGACCCAAAAGCUGUUACUCGUCAUCGCAUGGAAUUCGCUGCAUGCAUCACAAAUUCCAAACCUGUGGCACUCAGUGCACCGCUAAGGUGAUUCACAUACAGAGGCGGAAACGGUGCAACCGAAGUACGGAUGAAUGUAAGGUGAAGAUUGCGUACGUACCACAGCCGGAAAAACCGACCUGUGUGUACGUUGACGAUUGGCCGUUCGUGGUAUGCGGAAAGCUGGCCAACAUGAGUGUUAUAUGUGCUGGGUGCUACGACCACUAUGGUGUAGGUUACGAAGCGUUUAAUGGACAUUCGAGGAUGCGUGAUGAGUGCCGAGGAUGUUACGAUGACGCGUUCGACGUAGGGCCAAGAUACAGACGCGGGCCAGUCCUGCGUCCAUUCUACUACCAUAAGGCACCUUGUUUCGUUACCGGUGACUGUGCCGACAGCUAUGAAAAUUGCGCGCCUGGUUGCUACGGACAUGAUCAGAUCGAUCCUGCAUGGGGAAAAGGGGAUAUGCAGUCGUUUGAUCCUGCGUUCGAUUCGUCCAACGUGGUCUACACCGAUCCGGACGAUUUCCGCGUGUCGAACGAGGUGUCAGAUGAUUGGGGCGUACCGACUGCCAAGUGUGCCGUAGUUACGGACGGUACGACUGUUACGAUAAAAAAUUGUACACAAGGGAUCGAUAAUCCGUACAUGGCCGCUCCAGUUUCCCACCCGCACUAUAAACAAAAAAUUGAGAAGACAAAACCUACUACCAGCACGACCACCACGGCAAUGUUAAUAACCGAUGAUGAAAUGUAUGGCAGCUUCAACUCAGGAGAUGGUGUGACAAAUAAUGAUUUAUUUUUCGGAGAUGAUUAUGAUGAGGAAUGA